AUGAAUCUGAUGAGCUACUUGGAAUAUCUGUUUGGUGGUAUCCUGAGUGCAGAUUUAUCGGAUGUCUAUGGACGGAAAUGGUAUGACACACCGGAAGGAAAGCACUACUUGGAAAGAAAGCGCAAGGCUCUAGAGUAUGCCAAGCAAAGCGAGAGCAAUGCGUAUGCGGUGAGCUAUUUUGGAGUGAGUCCCGCAGAUUUUGAUGAGAUAGAGAGAGUGCGGAAAGAACAGAACGAGGUAUUGAAGCGGGCUGGACUGUCUCAGAUUAGAAAGCCUGAAAGUUCAAGCUCCGUAGACUCAAUGACGGAAUGGGCAAUGAAGGCGCACGAUAUGGUCCAGCGAGGACAACCAAUGGAUUUCAGCAACUACACCAACGUUACCAGGGAUACUCUUGACUACAUUCCAAAAUUCCUUCGCAAAAUGAAAAUCCCGAGGUCUGAAUGUCGAAAGUUGGAUUCUCAGCUCGACGACGACGAUGACCCAUUAUGGUCAUUCAGCAGUGAUCCAGUUGACGUCAACCAGACAGUCUCUGAAUGA